UUAAUUUAAAUUCAAAUGGCUAACCAAGGAGCCUCAGUACAAAAAUAUGUCACUGAUCUAGUCAAGAUUCUGGAGAAUCUCGAAAAAUCUAGGGAUGAGCUAGACACUCAGAUUACUAAAGAACAAACUGAGAAAGAUGAAAUUGAAACUAAUAUCGAAACCUUAAAUGUUGAAUUGGAGAAUAUCAUGGAAGCCCUUAAGAAAAAAUACACUGCGCUCGAGGAAUAUAAUAAAACCAUUGAAGAGUCAGAAGGAGCGUUUAAUAAGAUUGUAGAGUCUUCACAAACCUUACUACAUGUUACCAAAAAGGAAAAGAAUACACUAGCAAAGAAGAAAGUUGCCGUUAUGGCUAACAAAGAGAAAGAGUAGUCAUGGAUAAUAUCGGCCCUUAAUUCUCUGUGUCUUUUGAUAAUUCAUAGUCUCUUUCAAGAUAGAUGAGAAGAAGGUGAGCCUGCCUUACUAUAAAAGUU